CGGCCUUUUAUGCGCCAUGUGAGAGAGAUAUCGUACAACUGGCUACUACUGUGUUUAAUUAAAAACAAGCGCAACGGAUUGAUUAGCGCAGGUAAUAGCGCAAUCGACUGAAUAAAGUCUCGUUGGCAACGGACAUUACGCACCCACUUCAACAAAAGUCAAACGGAAAUCCACUUGACAUCAGGAUUGGUGUGAUUGAGAUUGGACCGAACCCGGUGCUCUGAUCUAUCCGGUAUUAAACCACCAGCUCAUUUUGGGUAUAUAGAAACUUAUCUUAUCCAAACAGAGAGGACAUUACCUUGUGUUAUAUCGAAACAACAAGGCUAGUACUAGGAAGUAUAAGCCUAUCUGCUUUUUACGUAUGUGUAAUGAACACAUGCACCAUUGGAAUAACUUCAUAACUUCAUAUAACGACGAUUGUUGAAGGGCGAUCGCAAUUUAAGAACAUAUUGGAGGAGUGCAUCAAUUAAAUUUGAUUGAAAGUUAUAUAGUUGAAUAUCACUUUUUUAACUAUUCAGCAGCAACCGGUAUCAACGCCGAAGCGAUCACUAUUCUUUGACGACUUUUGCUAUUUUGUUGAUGACCGUUGGAGACCUGUUUUAUCAUUCAUAACGUGAUUGAGUCCAGUAAAUAUCUUCAUCAUGAAUAGAUUUAUACACCGACACAUCGUCUGUUGAGUAAAACUAGUGCAGUGAGACAUUUUGUUUCAUCAAAUUGUCGUUAAUAACAACUAUUCCUAUUGACCAUGACGAAAUUAAUGUUAUCUCUGCGCUUGAUCCUGACAGUCAUACUUCAAAUAGUGGUACCCAUUCUCGGCCAUGAAAAUCUGUGCCCGAUUCCAACUGAUUUCCCAAAUUCCAAAGUCGAAUGGAGCGACCGAACGUUGGGGGCGUAUGCCACAUAUUCCUGUCGAGAGGGGUAUGAGAUGACUGGACCCGCUGAAACCGUUGUCGCAUACUGCGACGAAAAUGGAAGUUGGAGGAGCAGUAUAAGACCGGAAUGUAUCGUUGUCCAGUGCCAACUGCCCGUAGUCCCCGCCUAUGGGAACGUCACCUACCUGACUGGGCGUGGCGAGUACGGUUCGGUGGUGCUCUACCAAUGCGACAGGUACUACAGGAGGUUCGGCACCGCGUCGGCGCAGUGCUUGAGCGACGGGACGUGGUCGAAGACACCACCGGUAUGCAAGAUUCACUGCAAUACACCGGUACUACCGAACGGAACGGUUUCCCAUCUGAACGACCACGUCUGUCUCGAGUUCAGCGACGACCUACUCGACUGGCGUACGGCCCAGGCGCGAUGCCAGGAUGACUCGGGCUCACUCGUGAUCAUCCGCGAUGACGAGGCGCAGGAGACGAUCAGCAUGACAUUGGCGGACAUCAUCGAUGUCGAUGGUUCGGAUCGCUUUUGGAUAGGAGCGGAAGAACGACGGAGCAGCGUGGUGCAGGAGACCAGGAACUGGCAAUGGGUGGAUGGUACUCUGGUCGAUGAUGUUUUCUGGGGUCCUGGCGAACCGACAUCAGCCACGGACUCGCCCUCCAGAGGGGAGUGCGUCGACCUCGACUCCGCCAUGGAUUUCGAAUGGAAUGAUAACAAUUGCAGUAUAGAUCAGAGAUACAUUUGUCAAUUUGGUGAAAGUGGGAUAUGUGGUGACCCUGGUGAGCCGCUGCACGGUAGCCGGACCCUCCUGGCCUGUGAUGAAAACGACGAUGGUCUCUUUGUAGAGGGGUGUUUGAUCACGUUUAGCUGUGACCCCGGCUUUAGGCUGGUCGGAGAAAGUUCGUCGACCUGCGAGAGUACGGGGAGGUGGAGCGAAGAACUACCAACCUGUGAACGAAAGUUGUGCUCGACCCGACCCACUUCAGAAAAUCUGGAGGAGACGCUUUCUAAUUCUUAUCGCGGUGUAGCGGUUUACCGCUGCCCAACCGGUUCGUACGCGGUUGAGGGAGACGCUUUCGCAUUCUGUCGUCAGAACGGCGUUUGGAGCACGCCAAAUCUACUUUGUGAAACUUCCAUUACUAUUUCGGUAACAUCACAGCCAUCUCUUGAUCCAGAUUGGACAUUCAUCGGCAUCGUUGGCGCCCUAGGCAUCCUACUGCUCAUCGCCAUCUUGAUCAUCAUCAUCCUCGCCGCGGUCAGGAACAAGAACCUGAACUCUCGUCGCAAGAACAUCCGACCGCUGCCUCACGCGUCCGCGUCGAGCCGAAAGCGCCGCAGCACGGAGAAUACAUAUUACUCCAUUCGGAAGCCAAUCCCGUCACCGCCCGCAGAGCGAAGCGGUCAAGAAGUUGAGCUGAGGCAGAUGAGGCGGUUGAGUGACGUCGGCGAAAGUACAACCGCGGUCGCGCAGCAAAGUCUGACGUACGACAAAAGCGACGCGUUAGUAACCGACAGCGAUUACUUGGAACCGAUUAAAGUGUUGCAUCCAGAGAGUUUGAAAAUUCCACCACGGUUGCCGAGCGGCGAGUACGUGGAUCCGUUGAGUCCACGAAGCGGAACUUACGAUGAAAUCGACGACGACGUCAUGGCCGAUGAUGAAACGGUUGAAGAUGAUGAUGGGCUUCUCAACAAUUACAUCAUCCUGCUACCGGACGAUGAGGACAAAGUGGAGAAGAAAGUCGACGUCGCCGUGUCAGAAGAGAAUGAGACCGUCAUUGAAAAGGAGGUCGAUACCAAGGGUGACGAAGAAGAAGAAAAAAGUACCACGGACAAUGUCAUGGGUGGAGAAACGGAACCAACUGAAAGAACAACAGAGUCGGCGACGUUACCGAUCAACGGGCUACAAGUCCCAUUGUUGACUUUACCUAAAGAAGGGUUUGGUUCGACAGUUGAAUUAUGAAAUGUUUUGCGUUAUUAUGUAAAUCAUGAAUUUAUAUUGAUAUAAGACAGGACGUUGGUGUCAAAAUUGUAAUAUUCGUCACUUAUAGAUUAUAUACUCAUUUUCAGAGUAACAAUUUUUUUAUAUCCGUAUUUUAUCUCUGAUUUCUUAUAUCAAAUUUUAUAGACAACAUAGACCAUAAUAUAUUUCACAAUUUACAGAUAGAUCACAUGUAUAUUUUCAACUCUCUCGUUAACUUCCCCUAGAUCGAAAUAAUGAUUGCAGAAAUGUUAUUAAAACCCACUAUUGUUUAUAAUGAAA